CUCCCGCGCCUGUCAAAGUUCAGAAGCUCGCUCCAAAGCUCGCGCCACGCUGCACAUGUGCUGUUGGACCAGCAUCACCUUCCAUGGCAGAAGACCUAACAGCAUGGCUUCGAGAAGCUCUGCAGUCGUCGCUAAACGAGCCUACCUUCACUAUCAGUGCUGCAGGCGGAAAUAACGCGAGUAACCCCGACCUCCCAGAUGACCCGGGUAAAGCACCGCAGUUUCGGAAGCUCGCCGAAGCAGUUCUGCGCGGGAGACAGGUAGUGAGUACGUACAACCUCGCGUUAAUUGCUGUGUUGCUGGGUCUCACUGUAUGGCACUGGGGCGAGAAGGUUGCGCUGCGCAAGAGAAGGAGAGGGACCCGGAGGAGCAAGAAGAUGGAUGAGGCCGUUGAAAGAGCUUGGUCCAGCUCGAGCAGUACUAUCGAGGGCACUGCGACGCCGCCGGAUGCUUUGAGUAAGAAGGUGGACGAGACAUCUCCCCUGCUUUCCACAGGAUCAGCCCAACAAGUGCCACCAGGAUUGUGGAAGCCGUACUAUCUCGUGAAAGCAUUUAUGCAAUACCAGCUGCGUCCCAUACCCAUCAUCAACAGAGCGAUGCCUACGAACGCGGUUUCGCUCUUUGUUGUCGCAUAUAUCGCGCUCAACUUAACUUACAACUUUUACGACAUGACCUACGAGCCGAUGUAUAUCUUCUCUUUUGCGGACCGAUGCGGACUCAUCUUCGCCGCCAACCUCCCACUGCUAUAUCUCCUGGCUGCGAAGAACCAACCAUUGAGACUUCUGACGGGUUACUCGUACGAAAGUUUGAAUAUCUUCCACAGAAGAGUAGGAGAAUUGCUGUGCUUUGAAGCGUUUUUGCAUUUUGCUGGCAUGUUCAUCGUAUGGUACGCCGCCCUCCGCAAGCUAGGCUUCACCCUCGCUCGCUUCAUUAUGAAUAGACUCGUCAUCCUAGGCCUGCUCGCCUUCUUGUCCUACCAGAUUCUCUACUUCACCUCCCUUGGCACAUUUCGCAAGCGUAUGUACGAGGUCUUCCUAGCACUGCAUAUUUUCUUCCAGAUUGCAGGGCUAGCCUUCCUCUGGUUUCACUACCACACCUCAAGGCCAUAUGUCGGAGCUUCCCUCGCAAUAUUCGUUGUGGACCGCCUCAUUUUCAGACUCUGGCUGAAAACGAGUACGCACCCUGCGAUGUUGACCGUGCUGGAUGAUAACGAGACCGUGCUCGUGUCUGCGAACUGGGACACUUCAGCGCGGAAAUCAGCCCUCGUGCCAAAAACCAUGAGCAAUGGGUGGAAUCCAAAUGACCACGUCUUUCUCACCAUACCGUCGCUGUCGCGGAGGCACGCACUCCAAGCGCACCCUUUCACCAUCUUCUCCGCCGCACCGACUCUCCAUACCGACGGCGACGGAAACGCCUCGCACGCGUGGUUCACUCUCCUCAUCCGUGCCCAGGCAAACGAUGGCUUCACGCACCACCUGAUGACAUACGCCCGCACACACAGCAGCACUAACAUCCGCCUCGAUGGUCCCUACGGCUCCGCACACGCGCUCGACGUGCUGCGCGCGUCGGACACUGCGGUCGUGAUAGCAGGAGGGUCUGGCAUCGCAGUCGCGUAUCCUCUGCUCUACGCGUUGUUAAGUCCUACCUCGAUCUCCUUCGAUAUCGAGAACGCGGCCAAUACAAGGAUUGUCAAGCUCUUUUGGGUCACGCAUGAAGCCUCGCACCGCUCGUGGAUUCCAGACGAUAAGUGGGCGGAACUCAUAACCUGGGGUCUGGAAGCGCAUGUGCCAGCCGCGACAGCGGAAGCUGGACGCCCGGACGUACCCGCCGCACUUCAAGGGAUGGUAAAUGGUGGGCAGACGGGCGUCGUCGUCAGCGGCCCAGACGGCCUGGUCCGAGAUGUGCGAAACACAUGUGCGCGCCUCCUCUCGACGGGUGCGAAUGUUAAGCUGCAAGUCGAAAAGUUCGGAUGGUAGUGUGCAGUAUCAGGUCAGAAGGUCUGGCACAUCAUGGCUCCUCGUGUACUUACAUAGGGUACUCGAACUUCCAUCGAGGCAUUGCACGUUCGGCCUAGAGGGCGUUUUAUGAAGCGUGUUCGUAGUAGCCACGUGGGCUAAAGCGGCUUUGCAUAGGGCGAUGCGCGGGUUGGGUUGGACUACAGUUUGCACGGCAGCAGAGACACGACAGUGAUGCAAGAUCUAAACCUGGAGAGAUAAGCGUAACGUCGCACGGCAUGAUGGUCGCAUAAAGGGGUCGCAUUCCAUCCAAGAUGUACAUGCACUUCCUCUUGAAUAAAGCUGAUAGAAUAGAACAGCCUGUCCAGCUCCAAAGUAUUCCACCAUCAGCCCCUUCGCAGUCCAUUCACUUGAGCACGCAAACACAAUAUAGAAAGACUUAUUUGAUGUCAGUU